UACUCAAUUCCCAAAAUCACAGCAACAAGGGAGGAAAAUAAAAGAAAAAUGGCAGUAACGUUAUUUGAAGCCAUUUGGGCCCAAGUUAGACACAACCUUACCCUUACAGACGUGGCCUUCGCCAUGCUGCUCCUCUUCUUCACCAGAGUAGCUAUUCAGCGAUUAACCACAAAGGGCCCGAUGCUGUGGCCCAUACUCGGCAUCAUCCCUACUUUCUUCGUCCACCGCGACAACGCCUACGACUGGGUGGCCGACUCCACCGCCCGCUGCGGCGGCACCUUCCCCUACCGCGGCAUGUGGCUCGGCCGCAGCAAUGGCAUCGUGACCGCCGACCCGGCCAUCGUCGAGCACAUCCUCAAGACGCGCUUUGCCAAUUUCCCCAAGGGACGGUACUAUCAGGAACGAUUUGCCGAUUUCCUAGGCGAAGGCAUCUUCAACGCAGAUGGCCGGCUGUGGAGGGAGCAGCGCCGCGCCGCCACCGCCGAGAUGCACUCGGCGCGGUUCACUUCGUACUCCGCCGGCACGGUCACGGACCUCCUCCGCCGCAAGCUGCUGCCGCUGCUCGACGAGCUAUCGGCUGCCGCCGCCGCCGCCGACCUCCAGAACAUCCUCCUCCGCUUCACCUUCGACAACAUCUGCACCGCCGCGUUCGGCGUCGACCCCGGGUGCCUCGGCACCCGCGAAUUGCCGGACGUUCCCUUCGCCCGGGCCUUCGAGGAGGCGACGGAGCUCUCACUCUUCCGGUUCAUCGUGCCGCCGUUCAUCUGGAAGCCGAUGCGCCUCCUCAACGUCGGAACGGAGAGGCGGCUCAAGACGGCAAUUCAGACUGUCCACGCGUUCGCGGAAAAAACCGUGUCGGACCGCCGGACGGAGCUCCAGAAGCUGGGCAGUCUGGACGAGCGGUCGGACCUUCUCUCAAGGUUGAUGAACGCCGACAGCACGUCCGUCAGUUUUUCCGACAAGCUGCUGAAGGACUUCUGCAUCAGCCUCAUCCUCGCCGGCCGCGACACCAGCUCCGUCGCGCUCGUCUGGUUCUUCUGGCUCCUGCACCGCCACCCGCACGUCGAAACCCGCAUCGUCGACGAGAUCACCCGCAUCGUGAAAAAAAGAUACUGCUGCGACUCCGACGACAUUGUAUUCACCGUUGACGAGGUAAAGAAGAUGGAGUACCUGCAUGCGGCGUUAUCGGAGUCGCUGCGGCUGUACCCGUCGGUGCCGAUCGACUUCAAGGAGGCGGCGGAGGACGACAUGUUACCAGGGGGGACUGCGGUGCGGAAGGGGUGGAGAGUGAUAUAUUCGAUGUAUUCGAUGGGGCGGGCGGAGGCGGUGUGGGGGAGGGAUUGCCGGGAAUUCCGGCCGGAGCGGUGGAUGAGCGCGUCGGCAGAGGAGGGGGGGUUGUUCGUCGGCGAGAGCCCGUUCAAGUACGCGGUGUUCAACGCCGGGCCGAGGUUGUGCGUCGGGAAGCGGUUUGCGUACGUGCAGAUGAAGAUGGUGGCGGCGGCGGUGCUGCGGCGGUACCGCGUGGUGGUGGCCGAGGGGCAGGUGGUGGCGCCCAAGUUGACCACCACCUUGUACAUGAGGAAUGGACUCACGGUCACCUUCAAAAGAAGAGAGAUAUACUGAAAAAGAUAUUUUAUCAGAGGCAAUUGAGUUAGACGCACUUCUUAUUAUUUUAAAAUAGAAUUUAAUUUAUAUAUAUAGUGUUUAUAUUAUUGAAAAGCAAAAAAAAAAAAAAAAAAAAUCUCUCAUUAAGUUGCCUCCGAAAUUAAAAGUUUUAUUUUUCUUCUUUAAUCAGAAUAAUAGGUUUGUGGUGGUGUUGUGGGAAAAAUAACUGUGAAAUUAAAUCAAAAGCAAGGGCCCGCUAUUGUAGCACGUACACCAUGCAAUAGUACUAGUGUGGGUGUUUUAUUCUUGGUUUUUUGUGUUUUGCUUGUUGAAGAGACUAUACGAUAGUUAAUGGAUAUGUAUUGUUAUACGUACGUAUUGGUACCGUUGUAAUAUAUCUGCUGAGAAUUAAUGCAACAGUUAACGUUGUAUGGUCGACAUGUA